GCGUAUUGAAUCUCAAAAAUUAAACCCCCCCGCCUCUUUCAGUUAGCAAGAAAAAGCCCUAGGUCUUCGUCUUAAUGGCUGCCGCUUAAGAGAACGGUACCGUUGAUAUCUGUACUGAAGCUAUGGUUGUCGAUGAUGACGUCAAGUUCAGAUUCCAAAGGCAGGAGAUGUACACCGAGAAUCUCUCCGGAAGCUGUCGCUGAUAUCUUUACUGAAGCAUGAUAUGGAAGAUCUGAAGCAGUUCAACAUGAAAAUCGCUACUUCAUAUUUCAGUCAUUCAUAUAAAUCCUCGAUGAUUCAAUUUGAUUUUAAAACCUACCUACAUCAGCAUCCUGGAAAAACCCUAGUACAUCAUCCCUAAAACGCCAAUAGAAAAACCCAAAUUUAAAUCCCUAAAUGAUUCUGAUGAUGAUGAUGAUGAGAACUUGGAUGAAGUCGCACCUUCUUCACCUUCCGGUUUGAUUUCAUUGGAUUGUUGAUUCAAAGUUUUAGGUAACGAAGAAGAAAUUGAGAUAAAGCACAAACAUCAAAUGGGGCCCUGCAUCUUCCCCACGUAAAGAAGAAGUACAUGAGAAGCGAAUCAUAUGCAGUUCCUGAUAUACAUCGAUCCAACAACACAAAGUUCCAGGGAUAUGCUUGGUAUUGACACUCGAGGUUGAAAACUUCAACGUCAUGUCAGGGAUAGAUAUAAACUUAUUUCGAGUUUGGUCCAUUAUACCCUUGGGAUUGUUACUUAUCUGUUAUGGUUUUUCUAUUUAUGGAUAUCCUCUCCAGGUACUAGCUUCAAAGAUUUUGUGUUUAUUUUGCAGUUCAUACAUGGCACACUGCUGUCUCUUGCCAUUUUAUGACAUUUUCGCCCCUGGAGCUGUUUUGAAGGUUGUUUGGGCCUAGUUUGUUAUUGAUUUUGCAUUUGGAGCUUUGUUGGAGUGAUAUUUUCCCUCUAAUAUUAUAUGGUGGUGUUCCUGAUGGCAUCUCAUCUGGGCUUAUCUCCUGCAGGGAUUUUGUAAUUGUGUAGUUCUCUUGGACUUAUAUGGUGUUGUAUUAGUUUUUUUCUCUUAUUUUUCUGUUUUACCUUUUUGUAAUUUGCAGCUUCUCGGUGGUUUUGGUUUUUUAUUUUAAUAUAGUGUCGUUCUUAAAAAAGAAUGUUUUUCAUUUUUUGGAGUUAGUUUCUGCUAUAGGUACUUAAAGGAUAUGGAAUUGGGUGUUUUGAGUGACAUGGAUGAUAUUCAUAAAAAACUUGAUGGAAGCUACUAAAGAAACAGGAUGUCCCAACUGGUGAGCUACCAAGGAACAUGCUUUUAUCUGUAGACAGACAACUUGUACAAACAAUUGUUCCUGAUACAAGAUUGACUAUAAUGGGAUUUUACAGCAUAUUUCAAGCUUCAAAGACAUCUACAUCUCACAAAGGAGUAAUUGCUAUUAGACAACCGUAUAUAAGAGUUGUUGGAAUAGAAGAAACAAAUGAAGCUACAAUUUAGCUAAAGCAUUUGCUCAGGGAAAAAGGAACCCUUCAGCAGCUGAUCCUACAAUUGUUAUUGUGAAAAAUCCACAUUAUCUUGUACUCAUUUCAGAAACAUUCAUGGAGGCUCGUGCUGCUUUAUGUCGAUCAGGAAUUACAAAUUUGCCCUCUCAAAGUCCUAUAAAAGUAGAUGCAACUUCAAUUCCUCCUGUUUCAGCCUCCCUCCAUCUUCAAUUCCACUAGACAACCAGUUCCUGUGGGAAACAUUCCUCCUGCAACCGUGAAAGUUGAGCUAACAAUGGUUACUUCAAUGCCACCUGUACCGGUGCCUAUACUUGCACCAUCAUUCCAACAUGUGCCACCUGUCCCACGUCCUACACCACCCAUGCAAAUUUCAUCACCAUUAUCAGUUUCACAAGAAAUGUUAUCAAGUAAUGAUGGAAUCCAAGAUAUGAAGCCAAUUGUGAGUAAUAUACAACCACCUAUGCGUCCAGCUGUCACUGUAAAUCACAACAUUCUCAACAACCUAUCACAAGCAAGGAUCAUCAACCAAGCAACAAUUGCUGGAGGAACAUCCAUGGGAAUACCAAAUCCCAUGGCUGUGUAUAUGUCCAACAUGAUAUCAAGCGGAAUGGCAUCCACAAUUCCGGUUGCCCAAAUCGUAAUCUCAUCUGGGCAAUCAGUGAUUCCAUCAAUAGCAAUGUCAACUACAUCAACUGUACCUGGUUCUUUUGCUUCGGCAGCUAAUGUUGGUCUCACCCAACAAUCAACUGGUGCUUUACAAUCAGCACAAUCAAAAUAUGUCAAAGUCUGGGAGGCUUGCAGCAAAUUGGCCACCAACAAUGCAAAUAGUGCGACUUACAUGUCAAGAUCACAUGAACAAAAAAGGAUACUAAAGAGCAAAGUGAUAGUGAUGCCCUUGAGAUAAUCCACAGUACACAACCGUUUAUGCAGGCAAACUUAGACCUGAAGAAGUACUUUUUCUACAAAUGUUGCUUAAGGUAGUGGAGGGCCUUUAUGUAAUGUGAUGGGUCAACCUCUUUUGAAGUUUCAUCUACAUCUAGUUUUAUUCUUCUGACGUGCUUUUUGUAUUUGGUUCAACAGCUGAGGAUUAUAAUCAAACCCACACCUUGUGUUGGUGUAGGGCCUUUAUGUAAUGCACAACAGGUUUCCAUGAUGGCAUGAAAGUGGUAUUAAGUAUUAGCAUUCUUAUUACAUUAUACCCCUCACAUUUUCCCAAAUUACCCCUUGCUCUACAAUGUUUUUUUUGUUACUAUGUAUUUUGUUCAUCAGUUAAAGUUGAUGGAAGAAAGGAAUAUGAAGCCACUUGAUUUAAAUCUUGCAGCAUUAUCAGCAAGAGACUUGGAGUUGAAUUUGGCUAAGUCAUUAUUGAGUGAGAUGGGCCAAUGUACAACUGCUUAUCCAUAUCAUUAGCUGUUUGGAGCAUUAGUUUUAAAGAAUUAUGAAGGCAAGAUGCAACUUUACUUAGUUGGAAUUUGAUGUACAUAGUAGAUUAGAUGCAAAUUUAUAUAUUGUAAGAAAUAGAAUUGUAUGACAUUAAAUUUAUGCAAUGGAUUCUAUUUUUUGUA